AUGUCGUUUGUUAACGUUUUGAUUUCGGCUGUGCAGCCCGAAGUCGUGCAGUGGCGUCGCCACAUUCACGAGAACCCCUAUCUGGCCUACGAGGAGCAGCCGACCGCAGACUACGUGGCGAGCGUCCUCACGGCAAUGCCGGCACCCCUUGAGAUACGGCGACUGACGCCGAACAGUGUUAUCGCUGACCUCCGCGGAGGAGCCGGAGAGGGACCCAUUUACGCACUGCGUGCUGACAUGGAUGCGCUUCCAUUGCAGGAAGAGAGUGGCGAGCCUUUUAGCUCGAAGCGGCCUGGCGUGAUGCAUGCCUGCGGUCACGAUGCACACACAGCUAUGCUGCUUGGAGCCGUGAAGGUUCUGUGCCAAGUGAAGGACAAGAUUCGUGGCACAGUUCGGUUUAUCUUCCAGCACGCGGAGGAGGUGAUUCCGAGUGGUGCAAAGCAGCUUGUACAACUUGGUGUGCUUGAGGGCGUUAAAAUGAUUUUUGGACUUUCUGUUGAUGUCACGAAACCGUCAGGCACGGUUUUUUGUAAAAGUGGCGUGAUGAUGGGGGCCUGUAAUGACUUUGACAUCGUGAUCAAGGGUGCUGGUGGGCAUGCAUCCCAGCCGGAGCUGUGUACCGACCCCAUCGUGAUUGCCGCCGAAGUGGUCAUGGGCCUGCAGACAAUUGUGUCGCGUCGCAUCGGGGCACUGACGGCUCCAGUUCUCAGCGUGACGACAUUUCACGGUGGAACGGGAAGCUACAACGUGAUACCCGACACGGCGCACCUGCGAGGUACGCUGCGUUGCCUGGACCGUGAUGUACAGGCACUUGUUCCCGGUUUGAUGGAAGAGAUUGUUGCCGGGAUUGCGAAGGCGCAUGGAGCUCAGCAUGAGAUCAGUUGGCUGGAGCCCAACAUUGUAACGUACAACGACCCGGCGGCCUAUGAAAUUGUUAGGAAUGUUGCGCAGCGGGUAAUUGAUGGGGUUUCUUUUAUUGACCUCUCGACUGCAAUGAUGGGUGUGGCGGACUUUGCGGAGUAUGGGUCUGUAGUACCGGGAUGUUUGUUUUGGCUUGGAGUGGGGGAUAGUAGUAGGAGCUCCACAAGUAACCACAACUACAGCUCACGGUAUUGCAUGAGUGAGACGGCCAUGGAAGGGGGUGUCAAAAUGCAUGUGGGGUUGGUGGCCGCACUGUCUAUGUCGGAUGGAACUUUUGCUGGUUAG